AUGUCUCGCCUGCAGUUCGCUCAUCACCAACCCGAGCCCAACAUGUUCUCGGCAUCGCAACCCGAUCUCUUCGACCUCGACCUGGAUGCGCCUUCCAAGCCGUCCUACGCAAUGUGGGACUCGAUGUAUCCGCCGCCUUCGCCUCCAGUAACUGCUUCCCCGGCCUCGACGUCGUCUCAGCUCGAUUUCUCGUCUCCGCCCAACUCCUUCGAAGGUCACUCCUUCCCUCCGUCAAACGAUGCUAUUGACUUCUCGUCGUGGGUCGUCGACGGUGACUACGCUUCUACCUCCGCACCGGUCUCAAUCCCUACCUCCGAACCGUAUCCGAAGCUGGGCGCCUACUCGCCCUCGUACAACACGUUGUCGCUGUCGGAGCAGUCCUUCGAGCCUUCAUACGAAUACUCGUUUGGCCUAAGUGACAUCUCGCCGUCGUCGUUCGGGUCAGUGUGGCACCAGCCGCAGCCGCAAGAACCUCAGCCCAUGCUGUUGUACCCACCGCCUCCUCCCGUGACCCUGGAUGAUCAGCAAACGGUCCGCGCUCGCCACCACCGAGCAUCCCCGCCUUCCGUCGGCACGAUCUUCACGAGCGCCUCCGCGCCAAGCGAGUUUGCGGGAAUGAGCACAGGUAGCCGCAGCGGUACCAUCCGCGCCUCAACGCGAUCCUACACUCGUCGUGCCGAGCGCGAGUCCGCGAGUGCGGAUGACUCGACCGUCGGUCCCGUGCGGCGCAAGCGUAGGACUUCGGAUGCCUCCGACACUCCGGCUUCGGGAUCGACGAGCCCACCCUCCGGCUCACAUACGCUGGGCAACAAUGGUCCUACACGGUCCCACCUUCGGCCUCCCAAGCUCGCACCCUCGACCUGGCAGCUGUGGUUCGCUGAUUGGAUCCAACGCCAGCAGGCUACGUCCGACCGCAAACUCAAUGUCGCCCAAGCGGCCAAGGAGGCCGGCGCUGAGUACGCUCUGCUGACUGACGAGGAGAAAGAGCCUUACGUGCGCCGCAGUCAACAAUUGAAGGCUCAACGUGAGCAAGAGCACGCGGCCUGGCUCUCCUCCCUCUCGCCCGACGACAUCCGGCGCGAGAACGUCUUCCGUGCCUCACAGCGCCGCGCAGGCAAGAGCCGGCGCAGCAACAUCAAGGACCCCAACGCACCCCGCAAGCCCCUCUCUGCAUACUUCAACUUUAUCGCCUGGAUUCGUGCUGACGCCGCUCGUGCCAUGGACGUCUUCGGUGACGAGCAGGAGACCACUCGUCAGAGCGUGCUCGCCGCUCAGCGCUGGCGCGAGAUGAGCGAUGAUCAGAAACGGCCAUUCCUUGCCCAGGCUGAGCAGGACCGUCUCGAGUAUGAGGCUGCGAAGAAGAUCUACGACGAGCAGACAACUGGAAAUAGCUCCGGCGUCAGUUUCAGCGUUCACCAAGGCGGCGGUUUUGUGCACUCGAUGUUACUCCCCUUGUCGACGAGCCCUCUCCGAGGCCCUACCAGCGAGUAG